CACAAGGCUGGAAAAAAUCAGUUCAAAAUUGUUAUAUACAUAUAAAUCCCAUAAUGGACGGAGAUCAGAUCCGGAGGAGCAGUAGUGACCAGGAGUUGGAAUACAGUCGAUGCCGUCGCGAUGGCGUUCAUUAUGCCACAAUCGCAGAAUUUCUGGCCAGUCUUAAUAUAAAUGACACCAAACUGGGCUCGGUUCAGGGUGUCAGGACCCUUAGUCUAGAGGACUACCUAAAAACCAUGAGAUUUGGAGAAAAACAGUCGGGAGAUGGAUCUAUACCCUUUGGAACCAGGAAAAUCAGAAAGAAAACGAUGCAGGAUAUCAGCAGGAAAAGGCAGAAAGAUUCAAAUUGUCCCAACAAUUCCAAGCUAAUAUCUCAGUACUCCGAACCAAUUUGGAUCUAA